GGCUGCCUGUUGCCUGGUAACAGAGCCCGCCUCUCAUCUCUACUCCCACUGCGCACGCGCGCAGCCGUCAGCUGGGCGCCGAGGAAGCAGCAUCAUGGCGGCGUCCGCUCGCAGCGUGCAGUGUGCCCUGCGGAGAGCGACGAUCCCGUCGUUGGUGGUGAUUUUGGGAGCUACCGGCACCGGCAAGUCCAAGCUGGCGAUCGAGAUCGGAAAACGGCUUCAGGGAGAAGUAAUCAGCGCCGACUCCAUGCAGGUGUACCAGGGCCUCGACAUUAUCACCAAUAAGGUGACAGCUGAGGAGUGCGCCCAGUGCAGACAUCACAUGAUCAGCUUUGUGGACCCGUUAGUUAGCAGCUACACGGUGGUGGACUUCAGGAACAAAGCCCUGACUCUAAUAGAUGACAUGCACAGCAGAAACAAACUGCCGGUCAUUGUAGGAGGAACAAACUAUUACAUUGAGUCUCUGCUGUGGAGAGUCCUGCUGGAUACAGGGCAGGAGAACGAGGAGUCAGGGGACGGAGGAGGUGGCGCUCCAAACAGGAAGUUGGAGUUGGAGAAACUGGGAGGAGCUGAGUUACAUAAACGACUGGCGGAGGUGGACCCCAAAAUGGCUGCCAUGUUGCACCCCAAUGACAAACGCAAGAUAGCCAGGAGUCUUCAAAUCCAUGAGGAGACAGGUGUCCCCCAUAGCCGCUGGCUUGAGGAGCAGAGGGGUCAGGAGGGAGGCAAUGGACUGGGGGGGCCGCUGAGAUACCCAGACCCCUGCAUCUUCUGGCUGCACGCUGACAUGGACGCUCUAGACAAGCGGUUGGAUGCUCGUGUAGAUGAGAUGUUGUCUGCUGGAGUGAUAGAGGAGCUCAGAGACUUCCAUGUCUGCUACAAUCAGCAGAAAGUCCAGGAUGAGAGUCAGGACUAUCAACAUGGGAUUUUCCAGUCGAUCGGUUUUAAGGAGUUUCAUGAUUACCUGAUCGCUCCUGAAAGCAGCACCCAGCAGGAGAAAGACACACUACGAGACAAAGGUAUAGAAGCUUUGAAGAUUGCUACAAGGCGUUACGCCCGCAAACAGAAUAAAUGGGUCCGUAACCGCUUCCUUAAACGACCAGGGGACAACGUGCCAGUGGUGUAUGGCCUGGAUGUGACGGACGUGUCGAGGUGGGAGGAGACGGUGCUGAACCCUGCACUGCAGAUACUGGACAGUCUCAGCAAGGGUGAGAAGCCUGCUAUUGCACCAAUCAGGGUACAGGGGGCGGAGCAGAGAAACAAACGAAGCCACCAUUCAUGUGAUCUGUGUGACAAAGUGAUUAUCGGUGACCUGGAGUGGACAGCUCACCUGAAGUCCAAAAAGCAUCACUAUCAUGUGAGGAAGAAGAGGAAGUCUGACCCAGCCUGUGACCAAUCCGAAGUUACCACUGCACCUCCUGCCUCUGCUGCAGAGAUUGCAGAGAGCCUCUCAAAGGACUCUUGUGCUACUGUUGCCCCGGGCUGCAGUGAAACCUCUCAGGAGUCUUCCCAAGACACCAGGACAACACAUAAGGAAGUACCUGUGACUUCUUAAGAGUCGCGCAGACAUGGACUGCAUACAUCUUCAUUCAGGUUUCCACCACUGUUCUGCACUAACAGCUUGAUGUUUCCUUAAAGUUCUUAUAGGGCUACUUUCUUACUUCUCAUAGAGUCAAAUUGAACUAUAUUUUCUCUUUGAUCCUUUCCUUUUGAAUGGGAUGACGGACCUUCUCAGCCCAGUGAUAGUGAAAUUAAUAAGACUGAUCAUUGCCGAAUGUGGAUACAUAAUUUUUUUUAUUUUAAAUUUGAAAUACUGCAAAAAUAAUUUUUUACUUUCAUUCGUAGUUGUUCAUGUGUAUGGAUCCUUGAAGUGAUUCAUUGUUGUAGUCGAGAUGUUGAUGGUCAGGACAAUUCAACAUUGUGGACUCAAAAAGAUAAAUCUAACGUUUCAUGGUGUGUGCAGCCAAGGAACUACAUUUUUUAAGGAAUCUUUUUUGCCACUGCCUGAAAAUCAAAUUUAAGUUGUAAGAGAGAGGUUUAUUUUUCUGUUUUUGCAGAAUGUGCCAUAAAUGAAGUGGCGAUCUUUCAUACUGUUGUUACACACUGUUAGCAUUUCAGGAUUUAAGUUCUUUGCCUUGUCUUUAGCUUAGCCACUUUUAACUUCAUCCAGUUGGUUUUGAAAAUGUUCAAUAAGCCAAAGGAUCUUAAAGUUUCUCAACCAAUGGAGGAUGAUAUACUUUGUAUCACUGAAGUGAAAAAGGAAAAUUGGAUUUGAGAGGUUUUCGCAUGACACCAGCGGUAGUUUUACCUUAAUCUCCGUGAGACUGUUUGCCUGCUGCCACCUUGUUUUAACUUGUCAUUAAAUACGUUUUUCUAGCUCUU